GUAGGGUGCUGACGACAAACCCAAACUGCUUCUAGCUGGUAAUGUUUGUGCAAGCUCUGCGACGAUAAUAUAUACACAAUAACGCUCCAGCGGUGCAACAUCAAGCGGGUGCCAUGAUUGAGCAAGCUUCGCUCAUGGGAGAACGAAACAGAGAUGACUACGCCGCUGCCAGCGAUGACACUGCCUGCAAGCCUCGUACCACGGUUAACGACCUUCCGCCCGACGUACUCGUCAUCAUCCUCCACCACGUUUUCAGCGAAGAGAUACGCCUGCACAUGGGGCGAAGAAGGACCAGCGCAAGGGAAAACCAGCGUGUACCCCUGUCCCCGCAUGAUCGCUCCGUCUCUGACUACAGUAUUCGAGGUGCGAUGCCGAAUACCUCGCGUCCGUCUGCCCACUCUGGCGCCUCUCCAUGGCGUGCAGUUCGAGCUUCUGGGCACAGAUGGUCAUAUGGACUGGCAGGGACCCUACUCCGCUUUCUCGAAUCCGCGAGUAUGUCAAAUGGUCGCGAGAGAGGCUCCUCCAUAUCUACGUUAUCCGGUGGUUCGACCCGUCAACGGAGGACCGUAUGGAGAAGGCCCAAGUCAAAGUCAUCACCGAGCUGCUCCUCCCGCAUAUGAACCGAUGGGCGGUCCUCAGCAUGAAACUCCUUCAUGCCAGUUCGCUCCCAUGCCCCCGUUUCGACCUUGUAGGCCACGCAGAGAACCUCGUUCAGCUUGACCUCGACUUCAUCGUUGACGAUGUGGUCUCCCGUCCUACAACAGCCUUAUCUCCGUCGGGUGAGUUCGACACGCCCAAGCUCGAAAAGCUCUCGAUGGGUGGCGUGCAUUUUCGAGAAUCAUACGUGGUACCUUUCCCCCAGCUGCCGACGCCGCCUCAGCUUCAUUCUGUCGCUCUCACGGGAUACGCCUCACCCAGAGUGCCUUUUGCCCCUGUCGACCUAAUGAAGGCACUUCUACCCUGCCAUAAACUGAGAUCGGUCCACCUCGAGAACCUGCAGCUCGACAUCGGCGAAUCUGAUCAAUCUUCGCUGCUUUGGCUAAACGAGUUCAUCGACACACACUUCGGUGACAUGUCCGGCGAUGUCGUUGAGGAAUGUGAGCGCCUCCUCUGUUAUCCUUCCUCCGAACAAGCCUCGUACAUACACUGCUCAAUGCCCACGCGCGCCCCCCCUGCGGUAGAGUUCGAGCACGGCGCCUCCUAUGUCGACUUCAUCGAUAUUGCAAGCCCGACGACGCUCGUGCACUACCUUACUCACAAGGGCACCUCUGCUCAUGUGGUCACAAUCAAGCAUUGCUCGGGUCUCCAAGCAGAGGUGCUCCAUGCGCUUGCGAAACCAACUACCAUGGACUUGCAAGUUCCGCAGCGCCGACUUGCGGGCGGUCCUCGAGGCGCGUCUCAACAUUUGGGAGGCAACGGACCUCACAACUGAAGAUUUCGUGGACUUCGUGUCGAGGCCGGUGGAGAAACUUUGCGUGCGCGAUUGUGGCGAGUUGGCAUUGGAUGACAAGGAGUGGUUCGACAUGAACCUAGAGCAUGUUUCG